UCUAGUGUGGCAGCCCCGAGCUUCCCCAUUGGUGAAAAAUGCGCGUCAUUCUAAAAAAACGGAAGCAGGCGCUACCAUUUUGAAACACGACACUGCUUAGUGCCACAAUGGACAAGAGCAACACGGUGAAGCUCUUCGUGGGCAACCUGGCUCUGGACACCACCCAGGAGGAGCUGUCGGCCAUCUUUGAGUCGUAUGGCCAGGUGGUCAGCUGCAGCGUUCUCCGACAGUUCGCCUUCGUACACCUACAGGGCGAGGGGGCUGCAGAGCGGGCCAUCAGUGAGCUGAACGGCAGGGAGUUCCGGGGGAGGAACCUGGUGGUGGAGGAGUCCCGGGGCAGACCGCUCCACUCCACCAAGGUGUUUGUGGGCAACCUGUCGGGCAUGUGCACCACUGAGGAUCUCCAGGAGCUCUUCCAGACCUUCGGGAAAGUACUGGAGUGCGACAAGGUCAAAGCCAGGCUCUCCUCUUCUGCAGGAUACGCCUUUGUGCACAUGGAGAAUAAGGAGGAGGCUCUACUGGCCAUCGAGGCCCUCCACGGCACCUCCUUCAAGGGACGCCCGCUCUCCGUGGAGCUCUCCAAGGUACAGCCUUCUAAGCAAACCCCCACCGGGAAGAUCCCUUGUGUGAGCUGUGGGAAGCAGGGCCACUACGCUGGGGAGUGCCCUGUAGGGAAGCCCUCUCUGGAACAGUACCAGAGCCAGGCAGCCGUGUUAGCUGCAGCCGCAGCCGCCGCAGCCGGCCUCCCCCUUCAGGUCCAGCAGAGUGUCCACAACUCUGUCUACAACACCUCRACCUUUGACCCCACMUACGCKGCGYUGACGGGYCWCACCACCGGCACGCGRRCGGAMGGCAACCCCGUCAACCAGGCAGUGUACGGUGCCCUGGCGACGCAGGUGUACGGCGCCAACGUGGCCAAUCAGCUCUAYGGRGUCCAGGCAGCMAAUCAGGCGGCAGCGUUGACGCAGGCGGGCGCCACGCAGGUGUACGCCAGGUCCAUGAACCCCAGCCACGCCGCCCUCUACAGUCAGCUCAGUCAGAUCGCUGCCAGCCCCGCCGCUGCCUACUCCACACCCGUCUACGCGCAUGCCAUGGCCAACCAUCACCACCACCCAGGGGCCGUCUACCUGGCAGCCCCUGGCGUAGAGAUGCCUACGACCGCUGCUGCCAUCAACCAGGCCUAUGCCUUGGCACCGGCGCUCUAUGGGGGUGCCCAGCAUGCCUACGGUCACAUGGGGAUGGGAGCCAUGAGCGUGUCGGCGGACCCGUCGGCUGCCAUUUUUGAGGCAGCGAGGGUGCAGCACUACUUCGCCCAGGGACAGCAGGUUCUGGCCGAGCAGCAGAAUGCGGCGGCGGCCCAAGCGGCAAAGUCCGGGGAAAGGGACCGGAGUCCCCUGAGGCGUUCGGCGGGGUCCCUACUGCCCGACCCUGUCAUGAAGCCCUUCAUGUACCAGAGAGCGCCCAAGCAACGCCGGCCGCUGCUCCCCACCCCCGCUGGGCGAGCUGCAGAGGAGGAAGCGGAGGCUGCAGAGGACCCCAUGACUAGAGACCAGUGUCAACAGUACGCUGAGUACUACCAACAACAGCACCAACAGUACCAGCAGCUCCAGCAGUUACAAGAGCAGUACCAACAGUAUGCUGAGUACUACCAACAACAGCACCAACAGUACCAGCAGCUCCAGCAGUUACAGUACUAUGCGGAGUACUACCAGCAGUACCAGCAGUAUCAGCAACUCCAGCAGUACCAGCAACUCCAACAGUACCAGCAACUCCAACAGCUCCAGUACGCCUACCCGCCUCCCAACCACCACGCCAUAGCUGCCAUCCCUGCCCACGCCAUGGCGGGCCACGCCCACCACCACGGCCAACCGGCCCACGUCACGGCGCUGGACGCCGCCCUCAGGCCAGUGGUGCCCGCCUCCGCUAUGGUGGCAGUGCCCAGAGUGUAUGAGUCGCCGCUGCCGCCGCCACCGAACCGCAAGGAGGCCGUCCUCCGCCGAGCCCCCGAAAUCUCCCUUCACACGCCUGAGCCCCCCUUCCGAUAGUCCACACCUCCCUCGCACACACCUCCUCUGCCCCCCCACCCCACCGCACACAACCCGUAUACCACCCUCGUACCCUUCCUUUCUCUCAGCGGCUGUGUGUAUCUGUGUGUGGGGGUAUAUAUAUCUGUGUGUGGGGGUAUAUAUAUCUGUGUGUGUGUCUCUGGAUGUGUAUCUGUGUGAGAAUUAGUGUUUUGUGUGUGGAGUUGGUUUGGUAUUAGUUUUUACUGUAGUCGAUGGAUAAACACCCAAGCAUCUAAACCCCAACCGUGGUCCUGAUACCACACACACAGUGCAGUGAAAGAGGGGGGAAGUUGCUCUUAUCCGCCACAUACCGUUGGCUUUUUUUGGUAGGGAUUUCUAUUGCUUUUUAAAGUGUAAGAAAUAGACUGAGGACCGUCAUACAUUUUCAUUGCCUUCAAGAGUGAUUUGCAGUGUAAAGGCCAAAAUAUGAUGGUUCUCGAGGAUUCAACGAAUUAGCUAAUCUCUCCACUAGUUCAACAGAAAUAUUUCUAGCUUUUAUUUUAACUAUAUGAAUGUAUUGAAACUGCACUGUGGUUUGUUGUGAAGGUCCAGGGUUGGAGGGGUCUGUGUGUCUUGCAUGCGCCGGGACUGGUGUGAGAGAGAGAGAUGUUGGCUUUCUGUUUCAAUGUAAUUCACACUGUCCGGUUCCCUCACUAGCGCAACCCUGGGGGUAUCGAGGGCAYAGACCACAGCCACACUAGUAUUUAAGAACUACACUCUACCUACCCAGCCUCAUCCCUSCCUCGCCCCGCUGCAACCAGAACCCUGAAAGACACUGCUGCAUUUCUGCCCUCCUUUUACUCUAUCUAUACCUUAGCCUGGUUAAACCAGAUUGAAUGCUGUGCUCACCACUGAAACAAUGGAGGAUUCAACAUUGUCAGGUUUCACCAGGCUAUCUAUACCUACCUCUGACAAUGAGAUAGGAUUGAGAUUAGCUGGUUAGAAUAUGAUUAGUGUGCUUUCUAUCCAUCCAGUUAUAUCAAUUGGUGYCAGUUGCAAGGUUGGGAUCCAUUCCAUUUGAAUUCAAUUCAGUCAAUUUACUUCCUGAAAWGGAAUGGACCCCAACCCUGGUCAGGAGUUUGGAGAAGAACGCCACAUUUUAGUGACAAAGAUGAUGUACUAUACUAGUAGUGUCUUGCUGCAUCAGUGUAUUUUGAGGCCUUUUGAAGUAUGUUUUAAGUUUUUUUGUAAGUGGUUGAGGGGUCGACGAGUACAUUCUAACCCCUCAGAUCAUGUAUGUACGAGCUGUUUGAUGGAUUUAUAAGCAAGUCAACUUUUUAGACUUUUUAGCUAGAGAACCGUGAGUUUCGAUGAGCUUAACGUUGUGCCUAAGCGUUGCGUGAAGUGCAUUUAGUGGAGGGAAUAACUCCUUUUUUGAAGUGCUUUUUUUCUAAUGGCAGUCUUCUAAUUUUUUUUAAAUCUGAGGUGGAGGGUAAAGGGUUAAGAUAAUGGGACGUGAUCAUUUUUUUUUUUUUGUGGUGCGGUGACGUUCGCACCGAUGGCAUGAUGACAGAUGGAGCAGUAUCUUUCAGUGGCCCGCCCCCGACGUGUCCUUGCGCCCCGUUGUAAGACCACUCACUACCCCCGUACCCCACUGUCCUUUCUCCUUGUGGUUGUAGUUAUAUAGCUUUUGAUAUUGCAUAUUCUCUCUCCGUCUCUCAUAUAUACACACACACACACGGUUGCAUCUCCUGUGAAAUCUCGAUGGUCACAAAAAAAAAUAUUUUUUAGUCUUAUUGCUUGCCUUGUGUCUGACCAUAUUUUUUAUUUUGCCUUUUUCAAAAAAAACAAAUAAACAAUUAAACCGGCAUGCUUUUUAAUAUGUACACUAUACAUGCCCACCAUUUUUUAAAUAAAGAAUGUUUCUGACUAC